UUGAUAAAAAAGGUAGAAAUGUCGGGAUAGUAGAAAUGUCAGGAUGGUGGAAAUAUCAGGAAGGUGGAAAUGUCGGGACAUUGGAAAUGUCUGGGAAAUAUGUUAUGUCUGGGAAAUAUGUUAUGUCUGGAAAAUAG